CAAUGGUUCCCAAGUCCUUUCACGGAUGAUUCUCUAGACGGAUCCCUCAGUUUCCUGACGAGCGAGCAUUAUGUGAUGUACGGAAAGGCACUUCUGUUUGGGGAUGAGGUUGUGUCUUGGCUGCGGAGAUACCUGGAGAAGCCAAGACUUUUGGGGAGGCAAACUGGACCAUUCAAUCAGUCGAAAUGGCAUAGGUCUUGUGAUGAGAUGGUGGAGCGAGGGAAUUAUUUGAAGUUCAGCCAGAAUCCCAAAUUGAAAGAGGUGUUGUCGAGCACGGGUAGCAAGGUUAUUGUUGAAGCAUCUCCCAGUGAUCGGAUCUGGGGACCUGGUUUCGAUGCUGACCAUGCUGAGAGGAGAGUGGAGCAUUGGGGUGCUAACAAGCUGGGUGGGGCUUUAAUGAGAGGCUGGGAGAGAUUGUGA